UAAAUGGAUAUAAAAAUUAAUGGCCACACAAAAAAAUGAAUGUUAAUCAAUCAUCAUUGUAUUUACGAUUGAUCAGUGCUAAAUUAUAGUCUUAAUUUCAUUUAUUUAAAUUUUCAGAAUUGAUUGACAAUUUCAAUUCACUGGAAAACCAAGCACUAUAGACUGAUAGAAAUAAUAACUAUCUUGUAUAUAUGGUGCAAGUACUCGAAUUCGGAACUUGAUUCAAGCAUUGGAAGAAAUAGCAAUGAGGUUAAACACGUGUAAAGCAUUCUACCGAACAUUCAAAACUCUGUCAAAUGCUCAUGAGGUUUUUGGCCUAUUCACUACCCAUCGAUUACUGAAUCCUGUAUUAAUCAACCAAAAGUCAUUUGUAGUCAUGUCAACCAUUGCCGAUAACAGUAUGAAAAUAAUAAAAAUAGGCACUCAUAAUGGUACAUUUCAUUGUGAUGAAUCGUUAGCAUGUUUUAUGAUCAAGAAAUUACCAUCAUUUGAGAAUGGCAUAAUCAUUCGAUCACGUGAAACAAAUGAACUGAAUUCAUGUGAUAUUGUUGUCGAUGUUGGCGGUAUUUAUGAUCCUAAUUCUAAACGAUUUGAUCAUCAUCAAAAAACAUUUGAUAAGACUUUAGUGGAUAUAUUUCCUGCGAAAAAUCCCAAAAUUGGCAAUAUUAAACUAAGUUCAGCUGGUUUGAUUUACGCUCAUUAUGGUCACGAAAUUUUGGCUCGCAUAUUAGAUUGGAACAAAGAUGAACAACGAACUGAUAUCAUUUUUGACAUGGUUUAUGAAAAUUUUGUGAAAGAAGUCGAUGCAAUUGAUAAUGGCAUUAAUAUGUACCAAGGUGAACCCGUCUAUCAUAUUCAUACUCAUCUAUCACAACGUGUUGCAAAUCUUAAACCUCAUUGGAAUGAAAAAGAAACGCACGAAAUUCUUUAUGAACGUUUCUUGAAAGCUGUAGAUCUUUGUGGACAAGAAUUUGUUGAAUGUGUAAAUUAUUAUGGACAUGCUUGGUAUCCAGCCCGACAAAUCGUAAUGGAAGCAUUCAAUAAACGAUUUGAACAUGAUCCUAGUGGUCGUAUUGUCGUACUCAAUGUUGGUCUGCCGUGGAUACAGCAUUUAAUUCAGAUUGAAUCAGAAAAUAAUGUUGAUGGUCAGAUAGCAUUUGCCAUCUUUCCGGAUCAUGAUGGUUGGCGUAUACGUGCCGUACCCAUAUCUGAAUCAAGUUUUGAAUUACGUAAUCCACUCAAAGCCGAAUGGAGAGGUUUGCCAUCUGCAGAUAUAUGCCGUAUUUCCAAAAUAGAGGGUUGUACAUUUGUCCAUUCAACCGGAUUUAUUGGCGGUAAUCAAACUAUUGAUGGAGCAUUACAAAUGGCACGCGAAAGUUUACAAUGUAAAAAAAUGAAAAAUUCUGACAAUUAAAAUUUUUAUUUUAAAAAAUUUCAAA